UUUUGAAAACCUUUUUCUAAUACAUGCAGUGCGGACCGCCGCCAAUAGGAGACGCGAGCGUUACUCAUUAUCAUAUUCCCCACCCUUUCUGCUCAAAUAGCGGCGCGGCAACAAGCCCGUUAUCAGUUACUACGUCGACUCUUGGCUGUCGGGUAAAGUAACGGGACCGCUUCUCCGCCACCAUUCUGCUGCUCCAGUACAUUUUAAAAUACUGAAUCAUGCGUGAGUGCAUCUCCAUCCACGUUGGACAGGCUGGGGUCCAGAUUGGCAAUGCCUGCUGGGAGCUGUAUUGCCUAGAGCAUGGUAUCCAACCAGAUGGACAGAUGCCAAGUGACAAGACUAUUGGAGGAGGAGAUGACUCUUUCAACACGUUUUUCAGUGAAACUGGAGCUGGCAAACAUGUUCCCAGAGCUGUGUUUGUGGAUCUGGAGCCAACUGUCAUUGAUGAGGUACGUUCAGGUACCUACAGACAGCUUUUCCACCCGGAACAACUAAUCACUGGAAAGGAAGAUGCGGCCAACAAUUACGCUCGUGGACACUACACCAUUGGCAAAGAAAUUAUUGACCUGGUUCUAGACAGGAUUCGUAAACUGGCUGACCAGUGCACAGGUCUCCAGGGCUUCCUUGUCUUCCACAGCUUUGGUGGUGGCACUGGGUCUGGUUUCACUUCCUUGUUGAUGGAGCGACUUUCUGUUGACUAUGGGAAAAAAUCAAAGCUAGAAUUUUCCAUCUAUCCAGCACCACAAGUGUCCACAGCUGUUGUAGAGCCCUAUAACUCCAUCUUGACAACCCACACCACACUUGAGCACUCGGACUGUGCCUUCAUGGUAGACAAUGAAGCUAUCUAUGAUAUUUGCCGCAGAAACCUUGACAUUGAGCGCCCCACUUACACCAACCUUAACAGACUGAUCAGCCAGAUUGUGUCAUCCAUCACAGCUUCUUUGCGUUUUGAUGGGGCUCUGAAUGUCGAUUUGACAGAAUUCCAGACCAACUUGGUGCCCUACCCUCGUAUCCACUUCCCCCUAGCUACCUAUGCCCCAGUCAUUUCUGCUGAGAAAGCCUAUCAUGAGCAGCUUUCAGUGGCUGAGAUCACGAAUGCCUGCUUUGAGCCAGCCAACCAGAUGGUUAAGUGUGACCCUCGCCAUGGCAAAUACAUGGCCUGCUGCCUGCUGUACCGUGGUGAUGUGGUACCCAAAGAUGUCAAUGCUGCUAUUGCUAAUAUCAAGACCAAGCGCACCAUCCAGUUCGUGGACUGGUGUCCUACUGGUUUCAAGGUGGGCAUCAACUACCAGCCCCCUACUGUAGUACCUGGAGGUGAUCUUGCCAAGGUUCAGAGGGCAGUGUGCAUGCUAAGCAAUACGACUGCUAUUGCUGAGGCUUGGGCACGUCUUGAUCACAAAUUUGACUUAAUGUAUGCCAAGCGUGCUUUUGUCCACUGGUAUGUUGGUGAGGGUAUGGAGGAAGGGGAGUUCUCUGAGGCACGUGAAGACAUGGCUGCCUUGGAGAAAGACUACGAGGAAGUAGGGGUUGAUUCAAUUGAAGGAGAAGGUGAGGAGGAGGGAGAGGAGUAUUAAACUUUGGUUAUAGGUGCUCUCAUCAGACCCUUUCACACUAGUACUAGAGAUCACCAUAUAUCCUUGCAACUAACACAAUUGCCUGACUAACUGAGCCACAAUACUGCUAAUUAUGUAUGUUACUGAGAGAGUGCUUAAGUGAAGAGGAAACGAAUGUUCAAUGUCUGCACAUAAAAUAAGAUGAAAUAUGUACUUCAGUUUUAUUGAUUUUAAUAUCUGUGCUAAUUUUUACACAGAUUUAUACUUGCUUUCAGGUAUUUUCUGUUGAUGUUUAAUUGUGAUUAAAAAAAUGUCAGGCAGAUGA